AUGGGCGCGGGGGGCACCGAGACGGGCACCCCCCCACCCCUGCUGCCCUCGCCCAGCCUGCUGGCCCUGCUGCCCCCGCACCUGUCCCCGGAGCUCCACGGGCUGCAGGAGGCCGUGCUGGGCUUCCCCCUGCUGCAGAGGAGGGUCCGCGAGCUCAUCGCCCGCGCCAGGCAGGCGGAGCAGCAGAGGCAGGAGAGGCGCAGUAUCACACUCAAGCCACUGGAGGCGCUGCGCUGCAGGUACCUGCGUCUGUCCGAGAGCAACAUCAGCACUCUGCUCGAGCUGUGCAAGGAGUCUGGGGUCGAUGUGGACAUCCACCCCCACAUGAAGGACUCCGACAUCGACAUCUCCAAUCUGUUCAAGGGCCUGUCGUCUCCUUCAUCCAACACUGAGCUGAUGUGAUCGAUCUCUCUCUCUCACACACACACACACACACACACACACAUACUGUACACACACAAACAUACACAUGCACAUUGUAAGCGCAGAAUUAAAUGCAUAUGCGGACAUGGAUCCACGUACACACACGCCUUUCUGAUAAUAUUUUC